UGAUCCAUCGAUAGAGAAGAAAACAUCUUUAUUAUUAAAGCAACUGCUUGAUUAGUGUUGAAAAUUCUUUUUUUGAAAUUCCAUUUUUAUACUUGCCGAUCGAAGAUGUCAAUUUCCGAGCAGGAAGUUAAUUACACUCCGAGUAAAUGGAGCAAACGAUUGGGCCACGCGGAAGUAUUGGCACACUAUUACAAAUUCGCCAAAGAAGUGACCGAAAAUGCUCGUAAAACCUUGAAAUGUGAACUGGAUGUUGCGUACGGAACAACGGAUCGAACUAAAUAUGACAUAUAUGGAAUCGAUUUACCCAAAGAUGCUCCAAUAUUUGUGUUCAUUCACGGAGGUUAUUGGCAAGAAGGUAGUAAAGACAUGGCAGCAUUCGCGGCUCCUGUUUUAAUUUGCAAAGGGAUUAAAGUUAUUACCGUUGGCUAUGAUCUAUGUCCUAAUGUCAAACUUAGAGAUAUAAUAUCACAAAUAAAAAAGGCGAUUGAACAAAUAUUGAAAUAUGCUUUAACUCUUGGAAGUCGGGGCGUUUGGAUAUCUGGUCAUAGUGCUGGUGCACAUUUGGCUUCAAGCCUUUUAUUUGAUCCAUUAUGGAUGGAAAAAAUAACAAAAAGUGGAUAUUUAAAUUUACUAAAAGGUGUCAUUUUAAUAGGCGGUGUAUUUAAUUUAAAACCUCUGAUUAAUACCACCAUUAAUGACAAUUUGAAAUUAACAAAAGAUGAAAUCGUGGAGUACAGCUUUACCACUUUAGAUACUAAAAACAAUAAACCAAUUCAAGGGGUGAAAGUUAUUGUGACUGUUGCAGAAUGUGAUUCACCAGGGCUUAUCAAUGAAUCACGAGAAUGUGCUCAGAAACUUAUUACAAUAGUGGAUAACGUUCAAUAUAUUUUUCUUCGAGAUAACAUCGAUCAUUUUGAUAUCGUGGAAAAAUUUACAGAUGAAGAAUUUGUUUUGACAAAAAUUAUACUGAAUACAGUAAAAGUUGGAUAAGUACCCGGGCAGAUCCAUUGGAUAACUACCCGGUUACCAUCCCCGGGAACCAUUCAAGAGAAUUCACCACCUAAGGGGAUCUCCUUGAAGAAUUGCGAAGCUGGACAAGCGAAUAGUGUAACCUGAUCUGAACUGCAAUAUCGAUGAGACAAUAUUAAUACAACAAUAAAAGUUUUUAUUGAUUCUCGAA